CCUGUAGGCAAGCAACUUGAUUCACAAGGGUAGACUGUCUUGCUGGUGUCCUCCAUUGAUUUGAUCAGCAUCUGGUUCCACUUUCAUACAACAAAGGCUUCCUUGCCGUCAGUUGCUAAGCUUCUGUAAAGAUAUCUGUAUACUGAAGAGCACAAUUAAAGAGCAAGAAGAUGGAGUUGGUGGUAGGUGCCUCGAAUGCUACCAUGAGGUCUCUCCUGGGUAAGCUGGGAGGCCUUCUAGCCCAGGAGUAUGCUCUGGUCCGUGGAGUCCGCAGCGAUGUUCAGUACAUCAACGAUGAGCUUACAAGCAUGCAGGCCUUCCUCCGUGACCUCAGCACUGCCCCAGACGACCAUGACAACCGGAUGAGGGACUGGAUGAAGCAGAUCCGUGACAUGGGCUAUGACAUUGAAGAUUGCAUUGAUGACUUUGCCCACCGCAUCCCCAGCGAUCCCAGCAGUGAUGUUAAAUGCUUAUUCAUCAGAACAAGGUUCUAUGAACUCCGGAUGUGGUGGCCUCGCCGUGACAUUGCGUCCAAGAUUGCUGACCUCAAGGUGCGGGCGCAACAGAUUGGUGAGCGACGUAGCAGAUAUGGAGUGGAAAACCCAAGCAAGCUCCCUCGAGUCCGUGCUGCUACAUAUCAAGUUGCUGACCAUCAGCUCCCAAACCUUCAGCUCAUUGGUACCAAGGAGCCCGUGGGGAUGACGGCUGACAUGAAGGUGCUCGAGGAUUGGUUAGCCACAUCUGGUACAGGGGGUUAUGAGAAACAAGCUGUUCUGUCCAUAGUCGGAUUUGGCGGCGUGGGAAAAACCACUAUCGCAAUGGCUCUGUACCAAAACGCCAGGGAUAAAUUCGAUUGUCGGGCAUCAGUCACCGUGUCUCAAAACUAUGAUGAAGAUGCAGUCCUCGCCCUGAUUCUAAAACAAGUCAAGCCACAGGAGAGUGAUCACAAGAAGCAAGGCAACACUGGCAGCUCUGAUGUAAAACAGAUAAGGAGUGAAGCAAUGAACCACAAAGAACUUGUGGAACAACUAAAAAGUCACCUGGCCAAAAAGAGGUAUCUCCUCUUGAUUGAUGACAUAUGGUCUGCACAAACAUGGGAGGAUAUCAGAAAAUGCCUGCCAGACGAUGAUGAUAAUACAGAAGGCAGUAGAGUAAUAGUGACUACAAGAUUUCAAGCUGUUGGUGCCACAUGCUCCCAUAGAGAUAACAUUGAUCGUUUUCAUCAAGUGGAUUUUCUUGAUGAUAAAGACUCUAAAAGUUUAUUUGAUCGAAGUGUUUCUGAAUCCAACAACAGCAAAGGUAGCAUGAAAGAGCCGCCCCCUGACGAGAUAUGGAAAAUAUGUAGGGGUCUGCCUUUGGCCAUAGUUGUCAUGGCUGGUCUUGUUGCCAGUAACCCUGACACUCUGAGCGACAAAUGGAAAGAAGUAUGCACGUCAUUAUUUCCAGAGUCGGUGCCUUCUCUGACCCUGGAUGGUGUUACAAGGAUACUUGAUUAUUGCUACAAUGCUUUGCCUGCAGAUCUCAGGACCUGCUCAUUGUACCUGAGCAUAUUUCCGAAGGGUUCAAGAAUUAGUAGGAAGCGUUUGAUCCGGAGGUUAAUAGCCGAAGGUUUCGUCAGUGAGAAGCAGGGAUUGUCAGACGAGGAAGUUGCGGAAACAUACUUUAAUCAGCUGAUAAAAAGGAAGAUAAUACGUCCAGUAGAGCACAGCAGCAAUGGGAAGGUAAAAAGUUUUCAAGUGCACGAUAUGGUUCUUGAAUAUAUUGUGUCCAAGUCAAGCGAAGAGAAUUUUAUUACUGUGGUGGGUGGCCACUGGCUGAUACCAAUGUCUACCAAUAAAGUCCGUCGACUGUCGGUGCAAAAUAGUGGUUCCGAGCAUGGAAAUUCAACAAAACACAUGAACUUGUCACAAGUGCGAUCACUGACCAUGUUCCGGAGCCUUGACCAACUGCAUUUCCAUUCUUUCAAUAAUGGAAUUUUACAAGUGCUGGAUCUUGAGGGUUGCAAGGGUUUGAAAGAGAAACAUCUGAAGGACAUGUGUAGAAUGCUUGUACUGAAAUACUUGAGCCUUCGCCGAACGGAUAUUUCCAAGAUACCCUCUAAGAUCGAGAAACUCGAGUACUUAGAAACUCUCGACCUGAGGGAGACGGAUGUCAGUGAGCUGCCAAAAUCUGCAGGACAGCUCAAACGGAUAGUCAACAUAUUUGGUGGGAAUAAAAACCCAAGGAGGGGGCUAAAGUUGCCUCAGGAGAUUAAUAAGGAGACUAUGAAAGCACUUCGUAUACUGUCGGGGAUUGAGAUUGAUGAGAAAUCAACAGGUGUAGCAGGUCUCCAUCAGUUGACGGGGCUUAGGAAGCUUGCCAUUUACAAGCUCAUAAUAAUGAAGGAUAGUGAAACCUUCAAACAAUUACGCUCCGCCAUCGAGUAUCUUGGCAGCUGUGGUCUGCAGACUCUGGCGCUUAACGAUGAGAGAUCUGAUUUUAUCAACUCGCUCGACACCAUGCCCGCACCUCCAAGAUACCUACGCUCCCUUGAGCUCUCUGGCAAUUUGAAUAGGCUUCCCAAGUGGAUUAACAAACUCAGUAACCUCAACAAAUUGACCCUUUCUGUGACAGUUCUUUGGAUGGAUACUUUCGAGCUCCUCCGCAACCUGACUUUGUUGUUUUCCCUCACCUUUUCGCUGAGUGCAGCGAAGCAGGAUGAGGCCAUAGAGGACAUCCUUGAGAAGAACAAAUCGGUAUCCGGCGGGGAGAUCUUCGUCCCAAGUGGAGGAUUCAAGAGCCUUAAGUUGCUUCGCUUCUUUGCACCUCUAGUGCCAAAGCUGAGCUUCCCAAAAGAUGCAAUGCCAGCACUCGAAAGGAUUGAGAUGCGGUUCGAAGCCUUCGAGGGCCUUUUUGGCAUCGACACCCUGGAUAGUCUCCAGGAGGUGCACCUCAGAGUCAAUAGCGCAGCAGAUGAAAUAACCAACUUCAUUGUAGAUGAUUUGAAGGCCAUCAAGAAGCCAAAGAUAAUCGUCGAUCAUGUUAUCACCAGCUGAAAUGUGGCAUUCUCUUGGAGCGCUUUUCUUACUCAUCAUCCAUCUUUCCUCUCUGUUUGUCGAGAUUACCGGUUUGAUUUGUGCCAUUCGUACUUCAAUAAAAACAGGAUACCGCUGCAUUCCUGUAUCUGUAUGCCACUAGACUCUUAUUAUUGUUUCUUUUGAAUUUCGCGCCUUGUUUCGUUAUGGGCUUGUAAGUUGAUAUUGCAGGAGUUGAUUUUAUCUUGGAACUGUGAAUGUUUGUCAAAGAUAUUUCUUAUUAUCGAUCA